UUGUGAUAUAUCCGUGUUAAUGCUAUAAAAAUGAAUAAAACUAAAAAGAAUGAAGUGCGAAAACUAUUGUUUUGUAUGAUUUCGAAAUAUGAAGAGAAAAAGCUUGUGAAACAAGCCGUAUUGCGAGAAAAACAGGAUUGUUUACGUACUGUGACUGAUUUUUUUGAUAGUCUUGAGGAUAAUGCACGAACUGCUGAAGUAAAACAAGCAAUUGAAAAAAUCACAGAUUUAGAUCAAAAAGAUAUGAUGAAAUCUCAGAACCAGUACUUAGAAGAACUAUCUUCACUCACCGAUGUAAGUGUUAUUACAUUGGAGAUAAUUAAAAAAGAAGGUGCGGUGAACGAAGGGGUCUGGAGGACCUUUGUUGGUAGAGUUAAAAAAAAGUAUAGAAUUUGGUGGAUGUCGUGAAACUCUCCGUCGCAUAUUAUUAGGCAACGGUUAUGAAUUUAAGAAAAAUAAAAAUGAACGUUCAUUAUUAAUUGAACUGUAUGAUAUAGCUGCAUGGAGAAAUCGCUUUUUGCGUACCAUUGCAUCGAAACGUGCAGAAGGCAAGCCAAUAAUCUACUUAGAUGAAACUUACGUUCACAAAACCUAUAAGCCUAAAAAAUGUUGGCAAGGUCCAUCAACAAGUGGAAUAAUUGAAAAUAUAUCGUCAGGAAAACGAUAUAUUAUUGUGCAUGCAGGAUCAGAGAUAGGCCCUGUUCCAAACUCAUUGUUGGUAUUUAGCACCAAAUCGAAAAUGGCCGACUACCACCAUGAAAUGAAUUCCACAAACUUCAACAAAUGGCUUCAAGAAAAGUUUAUGCCCAAUUUGAAUGAACCAAGUGUAAUUGUAAACAUACAAUUCAAAAGCAGAGUUGCUCUGCUUAGUAAAACCGAACACACCAGAACCUAUUUAUGAAGCUGAUGAACUUUUAAGCCAAAACGGACAUGAAGUGCUAAGACUUCCUCCAUAUCAUUGUGACCUUAAUGCUAUAGAACUCAUAUGGAGUCUAGCAAAAAGAAAUGUGGGAAGCAAAAAUGUAAGCCAAACUCCAAAAGAGUUCGAGGAUCUUAUAAAACAAUCUUUUGAGUGUAUUACAGCAGAUGAUUGGAAAAAAAUGACAGACCAUGUCAUUCAUGUGGAAGACAAGUACAAAAGAAGAGACCAUAUAACUGAAAAUAAUCUAGAAAGCUUCAUCAUCAAUUUAAGAGACAGCAGCGACUCCAGUGAUUGUGACGAUUCACUCCAUGUUGAAUUUUUAGAUUCAGAUUUUGAUUAUAGUGAUUAAAAAACAGUAUAAAAAUA